AUGUCCGGUGCACAGCUUGACACCUCGCAGCUUGUAGCGUACACUGGUAUUCUCUCGAUUGCUUGUGCAUGUGUGUAUAUCGGGAGUUUUGCUUCGUUGCAUACCCCUAUUUCCACGCGGAAAUUACGCGUUGAGGCUGACCAGGAUCCGAACGAAGAUGAGAAUCAGAGCGAAUUGCAGAGUCUCUCAUCCGACGGUGCAUGGGCAUUUCCGCUGAUAGGUAGCGCAGUGCUCUUUUCCCUGUUUCUUGCUUUUAAGUAUUUGAACAAAGAGCUGAUAAACUUGCUCAUUGCGACCUACUUUACCGUAAUCGGCCUGGUGACAAUCCCAACUGCGCUGCAGCAUGUCAUUGUUUUUUUCUAUGAUCGCAAUUUUGUGAAGCGCGAGAAAAAAAAGUAUUUGGAGCUGAAAGUAGACUGCAACUGGGUCGACAAGACGAAGCCUGAGGAAGCGCAAGAAAAGAACGGAAUCGAUACAAAGGCGGACAUGUACACCUUUGCGAUGCUUGCAUUUUCGGUUGUGUUGCUUGGCACACACCUUUACACGAAGCUGUGGGUUUCUGCCAACACGAUAGCACUGUGCUUUGCGCUGCAAGGCAUUACGCUUAUCGGACUCGAUUCCUUUACCACUGGGUUCAUCUUGCUUGGUGGUCUCUUCUUCUACGACAUUUUCUGGGUGUUUGGCAGUACGCAUUUGGUAGGCACAUCGGUCAUGGUCGAUGUAGCCACCAAAUUUGAUGCACCAAUCAAAAUCCUAUUUCCAAAAAACGUUGAGGAGAUUGCAACCUCUUUGCUCGAGCACGGCCUUACGGACCUGCCCAAGUUGAAGUUUGCACUGCUUGGCCUCGGCGAUAUUGUGAUUCCCGGCGUGUUUGUUGCACUGGCGUUGCAUUUCGAUCAAAAACAUGCUUCAGAGUCGACGCCUGGACUUUUCUUUACCCGGUAUUAUUACAAGUUUGCGAAGCCGUAUUUUACGGCGUGCUUCGUUGCCUACGUCCUUGGUUUGGUCACCACGAUAACUGUAAUGCAUGUUUUUCAUGCUGCACAGCCCGCGCUCCUUUAUCUUUCCCCUGCAUGCUCUUUAUCUGUCGUGCUUGUUGCCUUUGUGCGUGGAGAAUUGAAAGAACUAUUCCAGUUUUCUGACAAGACCAUCGAGCCGUUCAGCGGUAAAGUGGAGAAAAAAGAGUAA